AUGAGCCGCCGUGUUGCCGAUGGCCGGAAGGGCAGGAGGAAGGGCCGUGCCCGAGGAUGCAGCAGCGCCCCGCCGAGCUCGGCCCGGCCCCGGCCCCGGCCCCGGCCCCGGCCCGCGCAGGCGCAGCGCUCGGGCGGGAUGGCUGCGGCAGCGGCGGCCGUGCCGGGGCCGGGGCCCGGGCCCGCGGAGGCGGCGGCGCCCGGGGAGGAGGUGGCGGCGCCCGGGGAGGAGGUGGCGGGCGCGGGGCCGCAGGGCUCGGGUCCGGCCCGGCUGGCCCGGCUGCCGCUAGCUCGGGUGAAGGCGCUGGUGAAGGCGGACCCGGACGUCACCCUGGCCAGCCAGGAGGCCGUGUUCGUGCUGGCACGGGCCGCGGAGCUGUUUGUUGAAACCAUAGCCAAAGAUGCUUAUGUGUACGCCCAGCAAGGAAAAAGAAAAACCCUGCAAAGAAAAGACCUGGAUAAUGCCAUUGAAGCUAUUGAUGAAUUUGCUUUUUUGGAAGGUACUUUGGACUGAGCUGGACAGAGACAGAACUCUCUGGAGAAAAAGACUGCAGAGGUGGUGUGAAAUGGAAAACAUGAUGUUGAGAGUUCAAAAAUAAUUCCUAGAACUUAGACACUGAAAUUGAGACAUGGCAACCAUGAUAUUUUGUAUAAAGUUGAAGUUGUUGUAAAUUCUUUAUUUAAAAUGCA